UGGGUGUUACUGCAGCUCUCCCCUAUGAACACGUAAAUCGUAAUUCCUUACCAUGAGCCCCCUGGGUUGUUUCCAAAAUGGCGGCCCCCGGUAAACACGUAGGACAUUACAUUUACAAGAAUGGUCGCUUUCUUCUAAGUAAUUUUGAACAAUUCUGUCUUCGGAGGAACUUUGGAUGGAGUGCAGUCGUUUGUCAACAAAAUGCAUCAACUGAAAGAGAGUCUGCAGAGGCAAUUGUCAUUCCCAAAAAGAAAACAUGGAGCAAAUGGGCUGUGCUGCAGGCUCUUGCAUCCACUGUCAACAGGGACCCCACUGCACCACAUUACAUGUUCCAGGAUGAUCCUUAUCUUACUCCAAGGACGUCUGCAGAGUUUAAAUUAUACUCCCUCUCCCAGGAGUCUGGCAGAAUGGCAGCUAACCACAUUGUCAACAAAAACCCCAAGUUCUUCCAGAAAGACUUUGCUGAACCACAUAUUCCAUGCUUAAUGCCAGAGACCAUGGAGCUGUGUAUUGAGGAAGUGAGUGAGGCAGCGCUGCUGGAGCGCAUCAUGCUGAGGAAGGUGAAGGCUGCAGUAGACAUGUACGAUCAGCUGCUACAGGCAGGCACCACCGUGUCUACUGAUGCCUCUAAUGACCUGCUGGACCUUAUUUGUCUCUAUGGAGACCGUGACCCUGUGCAAGAUGACAAGCCAGAGGCAGAAGAUGUGGCUCAGGAGGCGCAGGAGGAGGGCCGGAGGAGGAAAGGGAGGCUGCGGAGAGCCUCCGACCUAGUGAGGAUAGUUUGGAGGGAGAACAACAAUGCAGAGAGGAUCUUUAACCUGCUUCCAGAACGUGACACACGAGCAUACUCUGCUUUGAUCAGAGGCAUGGUCAAGUAUGGAGCUCAUGUGAAGGCAUUCAACGCAUACACAGACAUGCUGAACAACAGACUGACUGCGGAUGUCCACACCUUCAAUGCUCUGAUCUCUGCGGCACCAGAAGUCCGGGAGAGGUACACUGAGAAAUGGGACCUGAUUGUUGACUUACUAAAGCAGAUGAAUGAGCAGAAGGUGAAGCCCAAUCUGCUGACGUUUAAUGCUUUGCUGAAGGCCCUUCGCCGCUGUGGCUCCUUAGCCAGGGCUCAGUCUCUGCACACGCUCAGUGAGAUGAAGGCUAUGGGCAUUGCACCCAGUUUGGCUUCUUUUGACCAUGUUCUGGGCAUUUUCUACAAAGCAGCGUCUCCUUCCCAAGGGCAGACUGAUAUCCUACAGGAAGUGAUGACUGAGGUGGCAGGAAGGACAUUCGUUGCUCAGGAUCCAGAUGAUGUAAACUUUUUCUCCAGUGCCAUGAGAAUUUGUCUGGAUACCAAGGACAUUGAGGCGGCGUACAGGGUGCAUGACCUGCUCAGUGUGGGAGAGAACUGGAGGCUGCUGGGAGAUUCCUUCCAACAGAGUAUCUAUUAUGGCAGAAUGUUCAACCUGCUCUGCAUGAUGGAACACAUAGAUGUGGUGCUGAAGUGGUACAAAGAACUGAUUCCUUCUCUCUAUUACCCCAAUCCACAAGGAAUGAGAGAUCUGCUCCAGGCACUGGACACUGAUAACAGAUUGGACAUGAUCCCACAUAUAUGGAAAGACAUCCGACGGAUGGGGCAUGACAACAAGUCCGAUUUAGUGGAUGAGCUGCUGUCACUCAUGGCCAGGGACAAGCACAGCCCUGAGAUCCAGGAGUCUUUUGCAGUGUGUGCGCUGGAUGUUAGGAGCCUGUAUGAGCAGGGGCAAGGAGCCAGGAUGGCUCUGGAGUGGACAGCCACUGCCAUGACCAACAUCACCUCCGUCCUACUGGCAGCCCAGAAGAAGCAGCAGGCAUGGGAUAUGUUGAAGCUCUUCAAGACCAAAAACAAAGUUCCAUCUGAGGAGCUGUUGGCGGAGUUCCUGGCCAGCAUCAAGAGCCGCAACGACCCUCAGCACGCCAUGGAGCUGGUACAGAUCUCAGCUAGCUUCUGUCUCCCCAGUACCCCCAAACUGGCUGAGAGGGUACUGCAGGAGUUUGGGCUCUCUGAAGAACAGAAGACUAUUCUGUCCGAGCUGCAGGUCUCAACUGAAGUCAGCAAGUGAUGUGAAGUCUAAUACAGAUUACAGGACUUAAUCUACCGGUUGAGCCAAACCUCUGACAUCAAUACCAUUCUGAAUGGCCACACUAGAGGUUGAAAUGCAAAAUAUGAAUUGAACAGUAACAUGUUUGUAGCCAACUCAUUCAUUGUAAAUGCAGAGGCUAUGCAUUUUAAGCUAAACCAUUAGCUACAACAAAUAUAGUGAAUGUGAAAGUCAUGUGAUUAACAGUGUACAACAGACCAAUAAAUAUGUACCAACUAA